UAUUUUUAUUUCCAUCCUUCUUUUUCAGUCAUGCGCGCUGCCCUGUCGCUCGUGCUUGUAGCGCUCGUCGCAACGCUCGCUGCGUCUGCCAAGCCACAGCUGUUCCACGACCGAAGCGGCGACGUCGUUGUCUUCCCCGUCAACCACGACUCUGCCCGGCACUCCAAGUUGGUGAUUGCCAACAGCCCCGCGGGCGUCAAGUUCUCGGCCUUCACUGGCGACGAGACUCUCCGCCUCCGCCAAGUCGCCCCCCUCCUCUCUGCCGCCAUGCAAAUCCCCAUGCCCGUUAUCGCCGACGAUGUCUUCCCCGUCCGCCCAAACGCUGCCAAGGCGCUUGAGGCUGCGCUCCCCGAGACCGACUUUCUCCACCGCCCUUCGGCCAACGUUUUGAUUGUCGUUCAAAACGCUGCUUCUGACAUUUCCCUCGAGGCUGAGACCGUCUUCCCCGUCCAACACCGCGUUGGCAACCCGCUCGUUUCGCUCAUGACUGCCCUCACCGGCGCCCGUCCCGGCCAACAUGGCAUUAUCGGCUCUGCUUGGAUGAACAAGAACCGUGAGGUUUCUGCCUUCUCGUCCGCCUACUCUGGCUCCACCCACAGCUCGAUUCUCGACACCUUCACUCAAGUCUUCAACGAGUCCCUCACUCUCUCCGUCUCUGCUGAUGCUCAGAUGGCUGCUGCUGCCAACGUGCACGCCGCUCUUGCCAAGACUGACGCGCAAAAGUCCAACCGCGUCGUUCUUUCGAACGUGACCCCUUCGCUCCGCCUCGCUGCCGCGCUUGCUGGCGUCGAGUCGACCCCCGAGACCUUGACUGUUACUCUUGCCAACGGCCAGACUGUCAAGUUCACUGCUGCUGAUUCUGAGAUGGUUGCCCUUGUCGCCGAGCUCAACCUCUUCUACUCUGCCCUCGCCUACCUGAACGCUCGCAACUCGUUCGAGCCCGAGAUGGCCACCUUUGUGCUGUCGUCCAUGUCCGGCGUCCGCGCUGCCUACUCGGAGGAGCGUCUUGCUGCCGCCGUUGCCCUCGUCAACCAGUUCAUUGCCUCGUUCAGCGCAUCGGCCUCUGCCCGAUAUGGCGGCAACGCCCUUGUUGAGGUCUUGCUCCUCGACACCGCUCCCCUUGCCAUUUCCACCGAAAACCUCGACGCGCUUCUUGACGCCGUCAAGCCGCACUUGCCCAAGGCCGUCGCCGACACUUUUGCCAGCUUGUUCCCCAACGUCUACACCAAGGAGUCUGCCCAAGAGGCCGCGUGCGCUGCCCUCAAGAGCACUGUCGCCAACCGCGAGCUGCCGUUCGCUGUUCGCUGCCGCUCGGAUGUCGUUGCUUCCGCCACUGCUUCUCGCCGCGACGUUGCUGCCGCCACCACCACCGACAUUUGGCCCGAGAUGUUCAACAUUAUUCUCUGGCUCUUCCUGCUUUUGGCCAUUGCCCUCGUCCUCGUCGUUUACUCGCUCAUGUACCUCGACCCUGGCUAUGACAGCGUCAUCUACCGCAUGACCAACACACGCCCUAAGAGCGACUAAGCGCCAGUAGCGAGCGAUUAUCUUUUGCUUUUUUUCUUCUUCUUUUCGUUAUAUUUUUUUGUCGACAUCCUUUUUUUUUUGUUGGUGUUUUCUUUGUCAGUGUGCGUGUCAAUUUUUAAAAAAGAAACUCUUCCGCUCAUGCAUG